AUGAAGGAAUAUCAUAAAGACCUGAAGAAAUCUAUCUACGUGAAACAAAGUCCGGAGACUGAGUUGGUCUUGCCCGGCGACUCAGUGGCUCUCCAGUGUUCACUCCUCUCCAAAAACAAAGAAAACGCGGAUCAGUGUCAAGGCGAACACAAUGUUUCCUGGUUCAGAUCUGGAUCAGGAGAAUCCCAACCAAGCAUCCUUUACACUCACAGUGAGGAACAAAAGGAACGCAGUUGUGUCUUUAGUCUGUCCAAAACUAUACACAACUCCACUGAUACCGGGACGUAUUACUGUGCUGUGGCUACAUGUGGACAGAUCCUGUUUGGAGAAGGAACUACAGUGGAGACAAGAACCGGCUUACGGUCUUUUGGUGAUUUACAGACUGGCGAUGUAUUUCUGCUUCUGCCGUCUGUGGUCUCGGCCAUUAGUGUGAUUGUUAUAGCCAUCCUUAUUCACGCCAUCAAGAGAAACAAGUGUGAUUAUUGCCAUAAUAAAGCUGCUGUGUCCCUGCAAGAAAAUGUUGCAAAAAGGAAUGUAAAGAGAAAUGAAGACCCGUGGAUUUAUUCUACUGUCGUCUUCACCGUGAUGGAAACUGGCCCCGGGGUCUACACGGCUGCCAAGGCUUUUUGAUCUGAGUCAAAUGUGGAGUCAGCGAUUCUCAAGAAAGAUUGUUGAUAUUUGAUCUUAAAACAAAUACCCCCUUCGUAUUUACCCUGCCUCUUGCUCCCACUGCCUUUCUCUUUACACAUCCAUGGCCCUCCUUUCCCCUGUCCUCUGCAGAGACAUAAACGCCCUGAUGCUGAUUGGCUGGAUCAAACCAGCUCUUCUUUUAGCAUAGACACAUAUUGCAGUCAGCUAGCGGAGUGUAAGUAGAUAUUUGCUAGUAGUAUAUUGGAUUUAAAUCUUAGACGGCACCUUUUAACUGAACUGUAUUAGAUGUCUUUGUACCAAAUGUGAUAUAAUGUUAAUGUGUUUAAGUUUAAAGCUGUUAUAACAUGUUGGGAUUAGCUUGCAUUAUUCAUACAAUGUUAGUUUGAUGUUUUUUUUUCUUAUUAUGCUUAAGUGAUAUUGAAUGAGUUUAAAUAAAAAAUACAUUUAGUUCCA